GUGUCGCUCCGUUCACGGGUUGUGGGUGCCCGGCAGCCUGGCAGAAGAUGGCGGUGCGGAAGAAGGACGGCGGCCCGAAUGUGAAAUACUAUGAGUCUUCCGACACCAUUUCCCAGUUCGAUAACGUGCGGCUGUGGCUGGGCAAGAACUACAAGAAGUACAUUCAAGCAGAACCUCCUACCAACAAGUCUUUGUCCAGCCUGGUUGUACAACUUCUACAGUUCCAAGAAGAGGUCUUUGGAAAACAUGUUAGCAAUGCUCCUCUCACUAAAUUGCCGAUGAAAUGUUUUCUGGACUUCAAGGUGGGAGGAGCACUUUGCCACAUCCUUGCUGCCGCCUAUAAAUUCAAGAGUGACCAAGGAUGGCGCAGGUUUGAUUUCCAGAAUCCUUCUCGUAUGGAUCGUAACGUAGAAAUGUUUAUGAACAUUGAGAAGUCUUUAGUACAGAAUAAUUGCUUAUCUCGACCCAACAUAUACCUUCACCCUGAAAUUGAAGCGAAACUACAGAGUAAGCUGAAAGACAUUGUGAAGCGGCAUCAGGGUACUAUAACAGAAGAUAAAAGCCAUGCUUCCCACGUGGUUGUUCCGGUCCCUGGUAACUUAGAGGAAGAAGAGUGGGUACGGCCCAUAAUGAAGAGAGACAAGCAAGUUCUUCUUCACUGGGGUUAUUAUCCUGACAGUUAUGACACAUGGAUUCCUGCCAGUGAAGUCGAAGCUUCAGUGGAAGAUGCUCCCACUCCAGAGAAACCACGCAAGGUUCAUGCCAAAUGGAUUUUGGAUACAGACUCUUUUAACGAAUGGAUGAAUGAGGAAGACUAUGAAGUGAAUGAUGAGAGGAGCCCGGUUACUCGCCGUAAGAAAAUAUCUGCCAAGACCUUGACUGAUGAGGUAAGCAGUCCAGACUCCGACCGCAAGGACAAGAAAGGACCUAACUACAAGAAGAGAAAACGCUCGCCGUCACCUCCACCCAGUGCAGAGGCAAAAAAGAAAAACGUCAAAAAAGGACCAGCUACUCCUUAUACCAAGUCCAAGCGUGGUCACCGAGAGGAGGAGCAAGAAGAUCUCACUAAGGACAUGGAUGAACCCUCUCCUGUUCCUAAUGUGGAAGAAGUUACACUUCCUAAAACAGUAAACACCAAGAAAGACUCUGAGUCUGCUCCAGUGAAAGGAGGCACCGUGACGGAUUUAGAUGAACAAGAGGAUGAAAGUAUGGAAACUGUGACCAAGGAAGAGGAUGAGAACUCAUCAGGGAACAAAGGAGAACAAAUCAAGACUUCAGACCUUCAUGAGGACAACGUGACUGAACAAACCCAUCAUAUUAUUAUCCCCAGCUAUGCUGCCUGGUUUGAUUACAAUAGUGUUCAUGCCAUUGAACGUCGGGCACUACCAGAAUUUUUCAACGGCAAAAAUAAGUCAAAAACCCCAGAGAUCUACCUGGCAUAUCGAAACUUCAUGAUUGACACCUACCGACUCAACCCUCAGGAAUACCUCACUUCUACAGCAUGUCGUCGUAACUUGGCAGGAGAUGUCUGUGCUAUCAUGAGGGUACAUGCCUUCCUGGAACAAUGGGGUCUCAUUAACUACCAAGUGGAUGCUGAGAGUCGUCCAACCCCUAUGGGGCCGCCUCCUACAUCACAUUUCCAUGUGUUAGCUGAUACUCCUUCAGGACUGGUUCCAUUGCAGCCCAAAACACCACAGACAUCUGCUUCCCAACAAAUGCUGAAUUUUCCUGAUAAAGGUAAAGAAAAACCCAGUGACCUUCAAAAUUUUGGCUUACGAACAGAUAUGUACAGCAAGAAAAACACAACAUCCAAGAGUAAAGCUGCUGCUAGUGCCACCCGUGAAUGGACAGAACAGGAGACACUAUUGCUGCUUGAGGCACUAGAAAUGUACAAAGAUGACUGGAAUAAGGUGUCUGAACACGUAGGCAGCCGCACACAGGACGAGUGCAUCCUUCAUUUCUUGCGAUUGCCAAUUGAGGACCCCUAUCUGGAGGACUCUGAGGCCUCACUUGGACCUCUGGCCUAUCAGCCCAUACCCUUCAGCCAGUCAGGCAACCCUGUGAUGAGCACUGUAGCCUUCCUUGCGUCUGUGGUAGACCCCCGUGUAGCAUCUGCUGCAGCCAAAUCAGCUUUAGAUGAAUUUUCUAAGAUGAAGGAGGAAGUUCCUACAGCACUGGUGGAAGCUCACGUGCGGAAGGUGGAGGAUGCAGCUAAAAUAACUGGCAAACCCGACCCCAGCUAUGGACUGGAGAGCAGUGGCAUCGCUGGAACUACAUUUGAAGAUAAUGAGAAGAUAGAUUGUCCCAAAAGGAACACCCAUGAACCCCAUGAGGAAAGCAGUACAGAAGAGCCACCAUCAGAAACACAGAGCACAGAAGACAAGAAAGAACCCAAGGACUCUCCAGGUGAAGCCAUCCCUGACGAUGAGGGGAAGGAACGGACAAGUGAGGUAUCAAAGAAGGAUGAUGAGAAAAGCAAAGAUAACGAUACAGACAAAGAAUCCGAAAAAAGUGAUGUUGAUAUGGGUGAUGGUGAAAAGGUCCAGGAUAAUAAAGAAGCAUCUGAGGAGACUGAUAAGGAAGAAAUUGAUGGGAAGAAUAAGGUGGAAAGAGAUAUCGGAGAGGGCAAUUUGUCUACGGCUGCUGCUGCCGCCUUGGCUGCUGCAGCAGUUAAAGCAAAGCAUCUUGCUGCAGUGGAGGAGCGCAAGAUAAAGUCCCUCGUAGCUCUUCUGGUGGAAACUCAGAUGAAGAAGUUAGAAAUCAAACUUAGACACUUUGAAGAGUUGGAAACCAUCAUGGACAGAGAGAGGGAGGCGUUGGAGUACCAGCGGCAGCAGCUUUUGGCUGAUCGGCAGAACUUCCACAUGGAGCAGAUGAAAUACGCAGAGUUGAGAGCCCGUCAACAACAUUUCCAACACAUUCAAAAUCAACACCAGCAGCAGCACCAGACUCCUCCAGGAAGUCAACCUGUACCACCCGCUGCUCAUUCCAUCCCAGUGCCACAGCAGUCUCUGACACCAGCUCCAGUAAGUGCCACCAGCAGUACGGAGUCACUUGGUCAACCCACGCCACCCUCUGCACAGCCACCAGUAAACAGUCAACAACAGGGAGCAACACAGCCAAGCCCGGCACAUGGUUCAAGUACAUAUUCAGGACAAAUGCCUCCUAACCCACUGAUCCCAUCAGCAGUAUCAGUUCCUGCCCAGCCACCGGUGCCCGGUAAUCCUCACCCCAGCAUGCCUCAGCCUGUUCCAUUUAAUUUGGGUAGUGACUUAGUUGACUCCAUUCAUCAAAACCCGCAAACUAACCCCUUUACCGCUCACCAACCUAUGCAUGGAACAUUCCCCCCUGCAGCAUGUCGGGUCAGUGGGCCUCCUCCACCCCCUCAUAACCCUGCCAUUGCUGUGUCCUCAACGCCUCCUAACUUGCCGUCCUCCCUGAGUUCAGCUGCCACUCACAGCCCUGCCAUCGUAGCCGCAAUGCAGGGAGGGGCUGCCAUCACCACCAGUCCAGUGCCAGAUACUGGAACUCUGCCUCCAGAAAAUAUUGGAAACUCAGUUACCCCUGCCCAACCAUAGUAACAGGAUGUUUCAGUAUUGGGGUUGGCGAAAGGGGGAAGUGGUUACAGGACUUGUAUUCUGCCACUUCUAUUUGGCUUCCAACUCCUCGUCUCUGUCCCAGCAACAUGCACAAGCUGAGAACAUGCCUAAUCUCCCCAUAGAAGCCAAGAUUCUUGUGUAUCAUGGACACCAUUCAUUUUCUAGAUGUUUUCUGACCUGCACCGUAAGGGUAUUUGUUCAGGUGUACAUAAGAAUAUGCUGAAUGAGGAAGGUAUAAGGGAACAGCGAUAGUCCCUUAGUAAAUCCAACUUUGCUAACGUGGUCCAGGAAUAAUACAGCAGUGCGAACGUGGACUGUUUGUGUAUCUGCAAUAAUGUAUCCUGUGAGCAAGCGAGCAAGUUGUCACUUGGUAACGAUGGACUUGAUUCAUGAGGAUAUGUCAGGAUUGGUUAUGAUUUUACUUUUCCUACUAUCUUUCUUCAAGAAGAUAAUUUUCUUCAUUACUUGCAAUGAUUGGUCUACAGAGACUGAGCUUCCCACGACAUCUGAAAACAAUGUUUCUUCUGAAGGUUUUUUUUAUGCUACUGUUCUGUUUAGUUAAAGCCUAACAGCAUAUCUGCCAUAUGGCCAGUCACUAGUUCUACACGGAUGGAUUGGAUUGCAGGCCCUGGUGACAACAAAGGUUAAAGGUCAUGGGUUGUAAAGUAGGCAGCAUAUUACAUACUUGGUAUUUACAAAUGUUUGUAUUUCAUGUGUGUUUUCAAAGUGGAAUCCGAAUACUUUUUUUCCAGGUUCUUUUUUUCACUUCCAUUGCAACUGAAAGUACUUCCCCCCCCCCCCCCCCCCUCCCAAACCGUGCACACCAUAUUUCCACUGGGAUUAACAUUACAUUCUGGUGUUUUAAAUGUGGAAGUAUGCACGUGUCCUUUUAGUUACCACAUGAGGGGUACAAAUGAGUGCGUCACUGUAUGAAGAUAGAGUACUACAUUUUCUUAUCAAAUGAGCAAAUGGGUAGCCUGCGAGAGGAGAGGAUGAGAAAUUGAUAUCCCUGCUAAAGGAUGGCAAUUGGGAAUUUGUAUUUCACACUGUAGUGCACUAUUUGACCCAUUAGUGAAAUAUAUAUAUAUUUUUUAUUAUUUUAACUAUAUAAGCUUUUUUUUUAUGUUUUAUUUUGAAUCAUUGUAUUUUAAAUAUUUUUAGGCAGGGAAGGGAGAUCAGAGGUUCAGAGCGCACUUUAUAGAAAAGAGGCUGGGUACAAUUCUUUUCUGCAAAUUCUUUUAAAGGGGAAGUUACAUUUAUUAUGAAGAUAUAAAUAUGUGUAUAUAAUAUAUUUUGCAAGGCUCUUUCUGCAGAAUACAAUAAUUCGGUUUCUUUAACUUACUUAUGCUUCAUCUGAACAUGGUGGUAGCCAAAACAGCUUAGGUUUUCUGCAGCACUUCUUGGUAGACGUGGUGGUGAGCCAUUUUUGAAGCAACAUUCGUAUGUGAAGCUAUCAGCAAAAAUAUUGUAAUGGGUUACCAUGGCGAUAGCUGCACUUAUUGUAAUGGGCUUCCGUGGUGAUAGUUGCACUUUUACAAUUUUGCAAGUGCAGCUGCUCUUCAUACAUGAUCCACAUUGUUUUAAAGUUAUUUUAUGCAGACUGAGUACAACCCGUGGAUCAAUAGUAUCAGCCCAGGCUUGAGUGUGUAAGACGGCAAGAAUAAAGAUCAUCGUUCCCAUUUAAAAAAUAUAAUACGUAUGACUGGUAAACCUUUUUAAUAUCAUUUUUACGAAGAGUCUCUUAAAUGAUUCAUCCAAAAUACACAAAGCUGCGCGGCUGCAUCCAAAUCUUAUUUUUGACUGGCAGUUUUCCAUUUUUGUUAACCACUGCCAUUAAACAUAUACUAUUUUCCCUCUAAUUGCUUCUGUUACUCAGUUCCAACAUGUAAGUUUUUUUGCAAUUGUUCCCAGAUAUACAGAUAGAGUACUCCCACACAGGUAAACGCUAAAAAAUGGUCUGAAAUCAAGAAAGUGCCACUGUAGCUUUAGAUACUUGAAUGAGGAAUAUCCCACCAAUAAGUGCUCUUGUUUUGUCAAAUGGGAAGAGCCCUACAAAAUGUAUUUCUCCCAAUAAUACGUCAUGUAAGAAUAAAAAUGAAAUUUCCUUUUAACAUUUCGAACCACAGCUUGGAGGGAGGUUUGGUAGUCACAUGUCUUCUGUAGGUUUAACCUGUGAGGGGAUAUCUGAAUAUGGGAAGGAGAGUUCUUUCCUUUUUGUUAUUUGGGUAAAGCCUUUCAACCUUCUUGGGACUCUGACUACAACCCAAUUGUGCCGAUCCCUGUCUGUUCAUGUUAUUUGUACCUUUUCCUGUGUCUGUGCAUCUUACAUUUCCCCAGACAUGGGGCAUUAAAAUCUUGAAAUGUA